AUGGCAUCGUCCAGAUCUGAUAGUACCGCCUCGUCCAUCACCGCGACAAAAGGUGCAGCUCGCAAGACAUUGCCUCAGCCAAAAGACUUGUCACAUCUUUUCUCCGUCGUGGCCAGAAAUCGAGAAUCAAGCGAAAUCAAGGCUUUCUACAAAUUUAUGCAGAUUCCGGGCAUCAGCAAUUUUGCUGGAGGAAUGCCAAAUGUGAAAUACUUUCCACUCGACACUUUGGAAGCCCAAAUAGCGAAACCAGACCGAUGGCAACCUUCAGCCAAUUAUCCGGAUCAAAUAAAACCGCCAACGUUAGAGCCUGUGAUGUCCUCGUCUUCCAGCAUUAGUGGCUUCAUCAACAACCAGAUUCAAAAGGCGGGCAAGAACAUCCACAAAGAUUCCGACCACAGCAAGACAUCGUCAUCGCGAAUUACAAUACCCAAGGUUGUUCAGGAAAUAGACCCCACCAAAAGAGUCGACCUUGCCACGGCCCUUCAGUAUGGGCAAGUCACUGGCUACCAGCCUCUGCUCUCCUUCAUCAAGCAGUUCACGAAUCAAAUCCUCUACCCAGAUAUUCCCUACAAGGGUGGAGUAGAUGUCAUUCUCAGCAGUGGAAGCACGGACGGAUUCUCAAGAGUCCUCCAGCUCCUGGUUGAUCCCUGGUAUGAGGGACUACACCCUCCCACCGAGAGACAAGGCAUGCUUUGCGAAACCUUUGUGUUUGGAAAUGUCAUCACACAAGCGAAGCCUCUAGGGAUCAACAUUGUCCCUAUUGAGACUGAUGAGGAAGGCAUGGUGGCUGAAGGCCCUGGUGGUCUGAGAGAAGUGCUUGAGAACUGGGAUCCUCAGAACGGCCUUCUACCGCAUUUCUUAUACACAGUAACAAUGGGAAACAACCCCACAAGUGGCGUUAUGGGAAUAGGGAGAAGGAGAGAGAUUUAUGCGCUCGCAAGCAAGUUCGAUAUCAUCAUUGUCGAGGAUGAUCCAUACUGGUUUCUCCAGUUCCCUUCCGCCGCGGCGCACGAAGCCAAGGCCAGAGGAUAUGGUGAUUACCAGGAGAUCAAAGUCCGCAAGCCAGUAAACCGAUCUGGCUAUGAAUUCAUUGAUUCGCUCACUCGCUCAUAUUUAAGUAUGGAUGUUGACGGCCGAGUCAUUCGUCUUGACACAUUCUCCAAGACAAUCGCUCCUGGUACCCGACUAGGUUACAUCACUGCUCAACCUGCGAUCAUAGAGCGUCUUACAAGAAUCGCUGAGACCGGCUCUGGCCAACCUUGUGGCUUCGCCCAAGCACUUGUUGCGCAAGUCAUUUUGGGUCCGCACUCAUCUACCCUCCAGAAGUUCUUCUCCCUCCCAUCAUCAAGGAAAUCCUCGUUCACCGGCUGGAAGGUCGAUGGCUGGGUACGAUGGCUAGAGGGCCUUCGUGGAGAGUAUGAGCGUCGCAUGAUACGAAUGUGUAAGGUCCUCGAAGAAAACGCAUUCCAAUUGAGUAGUUCUACACCCAGUUGCCCUGACUCUGAGUGGAACAUCAUUACAAAGACCCGGCUGAUCGAUUUCGAUUGGCCUCGUGGAGGCAUGUUCCUGUGGUUGAGAAUACACUUUGAGAAGCACCCUCUCUACCAGACCCAGGGUGGCAAGCUAGCGCCAACAAUCGACGGCCCUGCUCUUUCAAAAGCGUUUCUCAUUCACAGCACUAAGGCGCCUCAUCUAGUUGUGGGAAGCCCAGGUAGCAUGUUCGGAGCUACACCCCAGAUCCGGGAUGAGCGUGGUUGGCGGUAUGUACGCAUGUGCUUCGCGGCGGAGAGUGACGAGAACAUCGAUGCUGGUUCAUUGAGGUUCGCAAGAGCUGUACAGAGCUUUUUCGAGAUCCGAGAAGCUGCGCGGAUUGAAGAGUUGAUUGAUGAAUUGUAUAGUUAG